UUUGGCCACCACACAGUCGGUCAAGGCUAUAGUCUUAGGCAUAAGACUGUCAGUGACAAGAUAUAGGCUACAACAAUCCGUUUUUAUUUUACCAACCGGUUAAGCAGGAAGCAGAUUGACACCGCAUGUUUUCUCCAACCUUCGUUUAUGGUCGUUUUUAACUUUUAACGAGGUCAAAUCCGCUUCUCUCAUUAUGUAUUACCACGGUAGACAGCAUCAUACCGGAAUGACGUCCACCGCCUUUAUGGGCGACAUGCCCGCGGGGGUCCGAGGCCGCGACCCGGUUUUCACGGAAGCCAUCAACCAGAAAAUGAGAGUCCCGGACCGGUUAAGAGUUGGACCGGAGCAGCGGGGCGGGGCGGAGGAGGACAGGGGGAGGCAGAGGACAGAAGAACCUCCCCCGGCCUACAGCAUGCACAUCCCGGACCGUCUGGCACUCACAGAUGCUCCAGAUAUGAGCCCUCGGCCCCUGUUCACCUCCUCCAAGCCAGGCUCCAGCGCCCAGGCAGGGCCGGCCUGGGAAAGCCAGUACUUAGCCUGGGAGAGAGAGUCCUUUCACAGGGAUCCAGGCCAGAGCCCCCUUCGUAGGUCGUACAGCGACACAGCGUUUGUCAGAACCCCCCCUGGGACCCCCACCCAUACCAAACAGGCCCUGCACACCCCCUCCUCUCGCAGCACGGGCCACCCCCCCCAGCAGGCCGCCCCGGCCGGCCCCCCGCCCCUGGGCCUCCUGUCCCCCCAGACCAUGCUCCAGGCCGCCAGGGAGCUGGGUCAGCAGGCGUCACAGCGCCUCUUGCAGACGGUCACGCAGAAAUACAGGUCCAGGUUUGGUGGUGGUGCUGACCCUGCGCCCCCACCUGUCGUGGCUGAGCCCCCCCCUCACGGUGCGGAGCCGGGCAGGAAAAGUGCCAUGCAGGAGUCCUGGCUGGGUCAGGAGGACGAGAGCGGGGCCGUCGUGGAGUUCAUCGUCCUCAGACGCCAGGUGGUGAAGAUGAGCCGUCGGCUGGCUGGUCUGGAGAGGCAGAACGCAGAGCGCAGACAGACCGAGCUGGUCCUCUUCUCCCUGCUGCUGUCAGCAUGCCUGCUCAACGGCUGGCUCUGGAUCAGGAGAUAACAUCACACUACAUACACACACGCGCACACACACACACACACACUGACACUACAUACACACACGCACACACA